AGGGCUCAAAGUUAGCCUUCCAGACCGGCCGAAACGGCCCUCCCUCGAAGAGCCCGAGGAGAGCCCAUGGUUCGAAGAGAUGCGGCGGUGCUCAGCCAGCGGCCCUCGCCGAGCGUGUAUAGUCUGCCGACCGCCUCUUUAGCGGCCCUGGGUGAGUACGUGGCUGUGGAGCCGAGGAUGAUCAGCGAGAAAGCGCGGAACAGCGCACAGUACACCCAGGCGGUGGGCCGCCAUGCCAUCCAGCGAAGAUUUCGGCAGCAGGGCGGCAGGAUGUCCAUCUUCCUGGACGAGGGCGGGGUGAAGCCAGGGUGGUGGAUUGCAGAGGAGGACUCCUUUGGUGAGAGCUGCCUGCUCUGGGCUCCAGGCACCGUCGAGAAACUUCCAGAGACUGGAUGGGCGUGGCAGGGAUACCUGGGCUACUACGAGGUGGACCUCCAUGUGUCGCUGGUGCCAUCGGAGAUUCAGGAGAGCUCCAAGCACCCCUUGGUCUCGGCCGGCGAACAUCUCGUGGACAUCUUGGGCCAAAGCAUGGUCUGCUGCCUUAAGGGCACGGAGCUUUUGCUGGACGCGGCGUCCAGGCGGAUUUUGGGGGAGGAGAAGCCGCCGAAAGCGGCGUCCCUGGAAACCAUCCCUGAAGAGGUGUGCCAUGAUGCAACGGAAAUGGCACCAGCAGAGGCCCCUGCCCAAGUAGCACAGGCAGCCCAGCCAGCGCAGGCCGCUCAGCCAGCCCAGGCCGCUCAGCCAGCCCAGGCCGCUCAGCCAGCCCAGGCAGCUCAGCCAGCGCAGGCCGCUCAGCCAGCGCAAGCCGCCCAAGCUGCUCAGCCAGCCCAGGCAGCUCAGCCAGCCCAGGCCGCUCAGCCAGCGCAGUCUGCUCUGCCAGCCCAGGCAGCCCAGCCAGCCCAGGCCGCUCAGCCAGCGCAGGCAGCCCAGCCAGCCCAGGCCGCUCAGCCAGCGCAGGCCGCUCAGCCAGCCCAGGCAGCUGAGCCAGCGCAGGCUGCUCAGCCAGCGCAGGCCGCUCAGCCAGCUGAGGCUGCUCAGGCAGCCCAGGCCGCUCAGCCUGCUGAGGCUGCUCAGGCCGCUCAAGCCGCUCAGCCAACUGAGGCUGCUCAGGCUGCUCAAGCAGCUCAGGAAGCUCAGGCUGCUUUGGCAGCUCAGGCUCAAGCGGCUGCUCCGGCGGAAUCCAAAGCGCCGGAGGCGCCGGCGGAAGCAGAGGUGCCGGAGCUGGAGGCGCCGGAGGAGGUCGAGCCGGAUCUUGGGAACGUAUCUCCCGAGGACUUUGCAGAGGAAGCGGCCCGGGCCAAAGCCAACUGGGUGGCCAGCUUUCAGGCGCACCUGGUCCGCUUCUCUCCGGACCAGGAGGCGCAGCAUGAGGCGGACAUGGCGAAGCAAAGCUUUGUGGACGCCUUCAGCAGCCCCGGCACCACGCCGGAGGAGCAGCGGGCGAGGCGCUGCGCGGCGGAAGAGGCGCUGGGUAGCGAGGAGUUGAAGCGGAUGCUGGUGGCGCACCACGAAGCCAAGGUCGAGAAGGCUGCGCAGCAGCAUGCCCUCGAUCACCAGGAAGCCCUGGACCGGAUCCUGCGUCAGGUUCAGGGAGUGCAGGGUCAGUUGAAGGAGGCGCUCAGCGCACGCGCGCGUCUCGAGAAGGAGAACGCGGAGCUGCGGGCCCUGCAGCAAGAGGACCUGCCUGGUCUCGAGCAGCAGUUGGCGGCGCUGCAGGCGGAAAACGCGGAGUGCAAAGACAAGCUCGCGCAAGCAGGCACCGCGCUUUGGAACCACGAGGCAGCGCUGCAGGAGGCCUUGCAGGAGGCGUCCAUACUCAGAUCGGAGCUGCUGACCAGCAGCGCGGCGGAGGAAGAAGUGGCGCUGCUGCGGGAAGAACUCGAGAAGCUGCGGCACAGCUCCCAGGAAGGCACGGAUGCAGAGCAGCACAUGCAGCAGCUGGCCUCGGAGUACCAGCGCACGCUGGCGGACAUCGGCUCGCUGAAGGCGACCUACGAGGCGGAGAUCCAGGGACUGCAGGAGGCGGCCGCGCGCAAGGACAAGGAGCUGGUGACGGCGCAGGAGCAGCUGCGUGCCUCCCAGGAGGCUCACGAGGAGUCUGCCCGGAAGGCGUCAUCCAUGCAGGACGUCCUCUCCAAGCGCGUAGUGCAGCUGGAGACGAAGAUCCAGCAGCAGGGCCUCGACAAAACCGCCGCCAGCGAGGAGCUGGAGAAGCUGCGCCAGCGCGCCAGCCUGGCCGCGGAGGCCGAGAAGCGCGCCGCGGAGGCGGAGGAGGUCCUGGCCACCACUGCCCGGAACUUGCACUCGGCAGAGGCCCGUCAGCUGCAGGCUGAGGAGGAGCUGCGGCGGCUAAAGCUUCGCUGCAAGACACUGGAGGGCCAGCUGGAGCUCAGGACCCGGACGGAAGCACAAGGCGUGGACGGCGCGGCGAAGCCUCGAAGAGCUUCCGGCUCCGCCACCACCAGCACGCCCAGCCUGGCGAACCGUGUCAGGAGGGUGGAGGGCGGCCAUAUGGUUCCAGUGUCCGGGCCGACGCUCUCGCCCACCGCGCCGAACACUCCACUGCUGGAGACCCGCAGGGUGGUGGUGGAGCACCGGCCCGUCAUCAAGUGAGUCACAAUCAAAACCCGAGGAUUGAUGA